ACAAGGCAGCAUCCAUGCAAGGAUGGGUCCAAAGUGCCAUCCAGAGGAAAAUUAUAGGGUAGAGGUAGUUGAGCAGUAACAUCAGAAAAAAUUCUCCGGGCUGGUAAUGUGUGCUGGUUCUUUUUACCUGAGAACCUGUUUGAGUUCUGAGACCAACGGAUAGACUCUGACCCGUUUAAUGAGCCUGCUGAGAUUUGGUCCUGUGUGCUCAGUGGAGAGAUUAAAAAAUGAUGUGGUUCAGCGAGGACAUGGCAGGGCUGGGAAAGGGUGGCAAAAGAGCAAGGCUAGUUACCGGCAAAAUAAAACAAGGAAUGUUUGCUGGAGAAGGGUCACAGCGAGAAAAAGACCAUUAAGCCCGUGUAUGAGUACAGGGGGAGGUGAAAUAUUUCCAGUUUCCAGGAGAGUUGCUGAUGAGGAUGCUGAAGAUGUUGAUUUUGCCUCUCGUUGUUUCCAGUUUGAUGUCCGGUCUGGCGGCGCUGGAUGCUAAAUGUUCCAGUCGACUGGGCCUCAUCACGGUCUCCUAUUAUCUGUGGACCACCUUCUUGGCGGUUGUGGUGGGUAUCGUCAUGGUGUUAAUCAUUCAUCCCGGCGGAAUGGCACAGAAGGAAGACUCAGAGGACAGUGGAAAACCCAUCAUGAGCUCGGCCGAUGCCCUCCUGGAUCUCAUACGAAACAUGUUUCCUGCAAAUCUCGUUCAGGCCACAUUUCAGCAGUAUCGUACCAACAGCGUACCCAUAAUGACGACUCAGAAGACCACCGCGAGCCCGGGUCUGACAGAGAGCACCACCCGUCGGGCUCUCAUCUAUGGGAUUCAGGAUGAUAACGGUACAGACAUCCAGAACUUUCAGCUGGAUCUGACCCCGCCUCCCGACGUGGUGUUCCGAACACUUCCCGGCACCAGUGAGGGAAUGAACGUCCUGGGAAUAGUGAUUUUCUCCGCCACUAUGGGCAUAAUGUUGGGCAGAAUGGGUCCUAAUGGCAGUGCCCUGGUGAACUUUUGCCAAAGUCUCAAUGAAGCUGUGCUGAAAAUCGUGGCUAUAGUCAUCUGGUAUUUCCCGUUUGGCAUCGUGUUUCUGGUGGCCGGAAAGAUUCUGGAGAUGAGCGACCCGUCUGCGAUGGGGAAGAAGCUGGGAUUUUACGCCAUCACCGUGGUGAUGGGCCUCAUUCUGCACGGCCUCUUCAUCCUGCCCAGCAUGUAUUUCUUCAUCACCAAAAAGAGCCCCAUCGUGUACAUCAGAGGAAUCCUACAGGCUCUGCUCAUCUCGCUGGCCACGUCCUCCAGUUCUGCCACACUGCCUAUCACAUUCAAGUGCCUACUGGAGAACAACCACAUCGACCGGCGGAUCAUUCGCUUCGUGCUGCCCGUAGGCGCCACCAUCAACAUGGAUGGGACUGCGCUUUACGAGGCCGUGGCGGCCAUUUUUAUUGCCCAGGUCAACAACUACGAGCUUGAUUUCGGCCAAAUCAUCACCAUCAGUAUCACAGCAACGGCGGCGAGCAUCGGUGCGGCUGGAAUCCCACAGGCCGGCCUGGUCACCAUGGUUAUAGUGUUGACAUCUGUCGGACUACCCACUGAUGACAUCACUCUUAUAAUCGCUGUUGAUUGGGCCCUCGACAGAUUUCGCACUAUGGUCAAUGUGAUGGGAGAUGCGCUGGCUACAGGAAUCAUGGCUCAUAUCUGCAGAAAAGACUUCAUCAAAGAGGGAGAUGGGGUCCCGCUCAUCUGUGAAACAAAGCCCCUGAAUAACCAGACCCUGCCUAAUUGUCAACAGAACAAUGGUAGUUUCCAGCCCCCUCCAGCAGGGGGCAAACCGGAGCACAUCCCACCUGAUGUGGCCCGUCUCAUGCAGCUGGAAGAAGGGGUUCCCCCACCACCCACUGAGCGGAAAAAGCCCCCGGUGCCCCCCCGCCACCUGAAACAUAGAGACAAGGACCACUGUGCAGUUGACAUGAACGGUCUGGAGACAAACGUAUAGCAACCCUUCAGAGAUUUAAGACUAAUAUCAUAUGGACAACAUGAAAACCCAAGCUACUACUUCAGAGUGGGUGUCUGGAUGUAAAUUAUAUCCUGUUAUAUUUUGGGGAACAGCAUUUUUUUUUCUUUUCAAAAAGGUUAUAGUCCACAGUAUAGAUAUUGUGAUGUUACACAUGAUGAGAGUCUGCACAUAUGGGCCAGUGCCCCAGUUAUGCCAUUAUUGGCGGCACAUGUUGGUUGAUCCGUUCUGUGCAUUAGAUAAUGAGAUAUAAUGAGAAUAGAAAGCAGGUCGAGAUCCAACAAUCCAUUUCUUUGGGUUGAAUAGAGCUGGCAGAUGGCAAUAUAUUUAUGGCCUUGAGAGCGAAGCUUUUCCUGUAAAUGUAUUUUGUAAAAUGGUUUGUUGUCAAGUGUGAGUGAAUUUGCAGUUGUAAAUUCACAAUACAGUAACGACUGUACUGUAUGAACUCUGUUUAUUUCUAUUUCAAGUUAAUAUCAUUUUAUAAUUUAUUCUUAUUCAUUUUUAAGCAUUUUGAGUCAGGUGUAUUGGUCAUUCUCUGCGCGUGAUGAGAAUGAGAAUUAUUCCCUUAUGUUUUCUCAGACAUUAUUAGUAUCAAAUCUGGGUCAGUCCCGCUGUUUGUGUUCGGCAAAUUAUUUCCAUAUUAAACCAAUAAGCACUCAGAAAACCAUUUAAAGGGAUAGUUCAACCCAGAAUAAAAAUGCUGCCAUCAUUUAUUAAUCCGCAUGUUGUUCAUAUCCUGUAUGACUGUUUUUCUGUGGAACAAAAAUAUAUUUUGAGAAAUG